UGGUUUGAAAUGGUACAGAACUGCAUAAGCCAUUUACAGAAAAUGGCAUUUAUUUAACUUAUGGGGCCCCCGGGCAAUGGGGGAUCAUGGGGCCCCUGGGCAAUGGGGGAUCAUGGGGCCCCUGUGUCCUUGCCCAAACUCAAAAAAACCUAUGAAAAAGGUACCAGGGGCAUCUCAUGGGGCCUCCUACUGACCCCGGGCCCUCGGGCAGUGCCCGAGUUUCCAAAU